AUGGAAUCCCUUGUGCACACGUUCGGCCACCUGGACCGGCAGCGGGGAUCCUUCAAUCUGACCUUUACGUAUCGGCUGGACUCGGAUGUGGUCACGGACUCUUAUUUUCAGCACUUUCAUCCCAAUGUGAUGAACGAGCAACAGCUGGAUGAGCUGUUAACCAAGAAGGCAGGCUUCGCCGUGACCUUUGUCUCCAACUGCCACUGGAUUCCCAGUCGACGGGAUGUGUACGUGAAGCAGCUGGCCAACUAUUACCAUGUGGAUAUUUACGGGAAAUGCGGGACCAAGCAGUGCAGCACCGAUACUACGGAAAUUUGUGAUCAGCUCGUGGCUGAUUGCAAGUUUUACCUGGCUUUUGAAACAGUACCUAGUGAAAAGAAUGCAUCGGAAGGGGACUACAGGAUUAAGGAGAACAUCGGCCAGGACGUGUGCACGGUAACGGAGGCCGUCGGGCUGACCAGCCUGCAGAAGGUCAUCGAGAAGCGCAUGGCGCUGGUCAACAAACGUGCCACCAGUCGCGCCCAGUGCGUGCAGAAAUUUAAGCUCCUCCCCGAGGACUUCAGCAUCCCCGGCGGCGAGCUGGGUCCCACGCUGAAGUUGAAGCGCAACGUCGUCGCCGCCAAGUACGGCGCCCUCAUCGAGCAGUUCUACGACGACACCGACUCCUGA